AUGUACAGAAAGCUACGCCUCAGCUGCUCACCCAAAACAAUACCUGUAGCUUUGUCGCCUGUGAAAGCCAAAUACAAUAUACCCAAUUAUAAUGCACCCAAUUAUAAUGCAGCGAAAUAUAAUGCACCCAAUUUUAAUGCACCCAAUUAUAAUGCACCCAAUUAUAAUGCACCCAAAUAUAAUGCACCCAAUUAUAAUGCAGCCAAAUAUAAUGCACCCAAAUAUAAUGCACCCAAUUAUAAUGCAGCCAAAUAUAAUGCAGCCAAAUAUAAUGCACCCAAUUAUAAUGCAGCCAAAUAUAAUGCACCCAAAUAUAAUGCACCCAAUUAUAAUGCAGCCAAAUAUAAUGCAGCCAAAUAUAAUGCACCCAAUUAUAAUGCAGCCAAAUAUAAUGCACCCAAAUAUAAUAGGUAUGGAUUUUUAAAUGUUGAUAAAUAUUCAUUUUUAUCAAUCCUUACUCCCCUGCCCUUACUUCCGUCACUCCCCUUAACAUCCUUCACUCCUUCUCCCCUCACUUCCAUCACUCCCCUCAUCAUCCCUCACUUCCUCUCCCCUCACUUCCAUCACUCCCCUCAUCAUCCCUCACUCCCCCCUCACUCCCCGCCUAAUCACUCGUCACAAUUCAGCGAGUGUAUCAUGAACGGCAGCGCAGUGAGGCGUGAUGGUAGUGGCGACAGCCCGAGGGCGAGCGCCAAACACGCGGUCUUCUUAUGUCACUCUGCUGCUCCUAGUCACUCUACUGCCUCUAGUCACUCUGCUGCUCCUAGUCACUCUGCUGCCUCUAGUCACUCUGCUGCUCCCAGUCACUCUGCUGCCCCUAGUCACUCUGCUGCUCCUAGUCAGUCUGCUGCUCCUAGUCACUCUGCUGCUCCUAGUCACUCUGCUGCAAAAAAAUGUGAACGCUGA